AUGGGCCCUUCAUGUAUAUAUGCCACUCUACCAUCCCAUCACUUUUCGUGUGAAUAUUACUCGAGGCCGCUAAGGUCGACCAUCAGCUCGAAUCGGUCUCCCUGUCACAACAAGCAGGUAUCAGAGCCGAGUUUCGAUAGUCCGUCUGACUUUGCGGUAUUCUUUGUUGCUUCCGCCGUGUGUGAUUUGAGUUGUCUGUCUACUCCGUCAAUAUGGCUUCAAGUGGAUCGUCGACCAAGUACGAGGUCGAUAAAUUCACCUCCAAGAAUAGUUUCAGUUUGUGGUGCAUCAAGAUGCGGGCUGGUACAACAAGGCUUGUUUAAGGCUUUAGAGGGUAAAGAGAAAUUGGCAUCCACGCUCUCGGAUGAGCAAAAGGACGAGAUCAUGGAAAAGGCACAUAGUGCCAUUCUACUUAGUCUUGGAGAUGAAGUUUUGCGAGAGGUAGCAAGUGAAAAGACAGCACCUGCUUUGUGGAGCAAGUUAGAGACCAAGUAUAUGACGAAGUCAUUGACUAACCUAUCUACCUCAAGCAAAGACUCUACACCCUGA